AUUCUCGCUUGGUGGUAAGUCAGUACCAAAUUGUGUUUCGUAGAGUUUAAGCAAAUCAAGUGCGGCACAAUGAGUGAAGUUGAUAUCCGGGUAGCAGUUCCCGAUGACUUUGAGGACAUAUUAUAUGGAUUCCGAACAUAUUUCUGGCCCCACGAGCCUCUCUCUGCUGGUCACAAAAUUAAAACGGUCUCGCUGUCCGAAGAGGAGUUUGCCAUGUCCACUCCACAGAAAGGAAUGAGUCUGAUAGCCACAGAUCCAGAUCGUGGAGAUAAGGUCGUUGGAUUCCUCACAAUCGACAUUUCCACACCGGGGCUGCUUGCGGAAUAUGACGAGCUCAGUAAGGACAAGCCAAAGGAGGAGCGGGCGGAAGCAAUGGGAGGGAUUUUCAAUAAACUCAAUGAGAAGGCUGAUGUGUUUGAGAUGUACAAAGUGGAUAAGGUGCUUUGGCUAGUUUAUCUUGGGGUAGACCAGGCCAUGCGAGGGAAGAACAUUGGAACAAGGUUGGUGGAGAGAGGCAUAUCUAUGGCUGAGUCAUUAGGAUGCAAGGUGAUCGAAAUUGACUGCACCAGUGCCUUCUCAGCACGGAUAGCUCAGCGCACCGGUAUGAAAUGUAUCGGCGAAAUUGCGUACAAAGAUUAUGUCGAUGCGAAUGGUGAGCAGAUUUUCAACCCUCCUGCGAUACACACACAUAUGCAAAGAUUCGUAAAAAUUCAUGAAUAACAUUUAAUCUAGGUGAACUUAAGCCUAUAAUGCUUACUUCGUUAUGUUAGGUGCUUGGUAUCAUUUAGAAGUUUUGGUUGUAUUGAAUAGAUAAAAAGAUUUUUGAUUGAUAUAAAAGCGUUUGAAGUUUA